ACUAUAUUCGCGAAAAUGUAUUGCACCAAAUGCAAAGGAUACCGUGAUUCUCGCUACUCUUCCUGCGGUGGUUCUUGUGGUAGCGGAAAUUGCCAGCAUGUUUGUGCCAGUUGCGGGGAGCAUUCCUUAAUCGAUUAUACGGUGCAAAAAGUUGGUGAUGAGUUAGGACUUACUAAAAGUAAUCCAAUUUUAAUGCAAUUUCAAGAAAGAAUGGCUCGAGUAAACGCUGGUGGUUGGAGAGAUGAAUUUACCAUGAGAAUUGACGAAGCUACCGUAGAUGGUUACCGAGGACCUACUCGUUAUGUCACUUAUAACAAAAAUAAAAAAUUUCAAAUCACAGACAAUGUUUUUGUUGUUAUUGAUAAAAAGAAGGAUGGGAAAUUUCGUUGUGAAGAAACGAUUAAAUCGUCUGAUUUUCAAGAAGGAAAAGAUUACAUUGUUGAAAGCAAAGAUGAAUAUUCCCUUCUUUCUUAUGAAUUGAAAAAGCGUGUUUUGAAUAUUCUUAACACUUUGAGGAAUUUCGUAGGGAUAGGGAUAAACAAGGAACAAAGUAAUGAUGAGAAGGCAAAUUUGAUAAUUCAACCUGUUCGUCCUUCUUUGGAUGACUUAAACCCAGCCAUUAGGGAGUUUAACAGUUUAUUUAAAUCAGGAAUAAAGAAAGAUAAAUUAUCCUUUGUAAUUAAUGCGGUUAAUUCCGAAGCCGAGAAAAAAGCCACCCACGAUUAUUUAGCCCAAACCGAUUAUUAUAUUUGCCCUCUUUCUUUACCUGAUAAAAUUUCUUAUCGGGAAGUUCAAAACCAAGGAUUAAGUAUUGCAGAAGUCAAAUAUAAGCGAUUAA